UGUAGUGGGAGAGUAGGAAAAAAGGGGAAAAACCCUAAAGGAGCUCGUUUUCACGGGAGGCUGUGGGUGGGAGUCACUGAUUGGGUACAGAGAGAGAGAGAGAAGUUCAUUGUUCUUGAUUCCCGUGCUCCGUCUCAAGCUCGAAGAAAUGGCAGACCAAGAAUCCGAUAAGAACAUCGAGAUUUGGAAAAUCAAGAAACUAAUUAAGGCCCUCGAAUCUGCCAGAGGUAAUGGAACCAGUAUGAUUUCUCUUAUAAUGCCUCCUCGCGAUCAGAUAUCUCGUGUCACAAAGAUGCUUGCUGAUGAGUAUGGAACUGCUUCCAACAUUAAGAGUCGAGUCAAUCGUCAGUCUGUCUUGUCCGCGAUAACAUCUGCUCAGCAAAGGUUGAAACUUUACAACAAGGUCCCUCCCAAUGGUCUUGUUCUUUACACUGGUACCAUAGUUACUGAAGAUGGCAAGGAAAAGAAAGUAACUAUUGACUUUGAGCCCUUCAGGCCGAUUAACGCUUCCUUGUACCUCUGUGACAAUAAGUUUCACACUGAAGCUUUGAAUGAACUUCUGGAAUCUGAUGACAAGUUUGGUUUCAUUGUCAUGGAUGGAAACGGUACCCUGUUCGGCACACUGAGUGGGAAUACAAGAGAGGUUCUUCACAAGUUUACUGUUGAUCUCCCAAAAAAGCAUGGAAGAGGAGGACAGUCUGCCCUCCGUUUUGCUCGUCUUAGGAUGGAGAAGAGGCAUAACUAUGUGAGGAAGACUGCAGAGCUUGCUACUCAGUUCUUUAUUAACCCGGCUACGAGUCAGCCCAAUGUAGCUGGUCUCAUACUUGCCGGUUCAGCUGACUUUAAGACAGAGCUCAGCCAAUCUGAUAUGUUUGAUCCUCGUCUCCAAGCUAAGAUAUUGAAUGUGGUUGAUGUUUCCUAUGGAGGAGAAAAUGGGUUCAACCAAGCAAUUGAGCUGUCCGCUGAGAUAUUAUCUAAUGUGAAGUUCAUACAGGAGAAGCGUUUGAUCGGGAAGUACUUUGAGGAGAUUAGUCAAGACACUGGGAAAUAUGUCUUUGGUGUAGAGGAUACCUUAAAGGCUCUCGAAAUGGGUGCAGUCGAAAUCCUUAUAGUGUGGGAGAAUCUGGAUGUAAACAGGUAUGUUCUUAAGAACAGCACUACCGGGGAAAUAAUCGUGAAGCACUUAAACAGGGAUCAAGAGGCUGAUCAAAGCAAUUUCCAUGACCCAACCACCAAUGCGGAGCUAGAAGUUCAGGAGAAGAUGCCUCUACUCGAAUGGUUUGCCAAUGAGUACAAAAAGUUCGGCUGUACUCUGGAAUUUGUUACCAACAAAUCCCAAGAAGGGUCACAAUUUUGCAGAGGUUUCGGUGGUAUUGGUGGCAUACUUCGUUACCAGCUUGACAUGAGGUCAUUCGAUGAAUUAUCUGACGGGGAAGAAGCCUACGAGGAUUCUGAUUAAUCAGAAAUAUCGGUGCUGUUUCAUACUGAAGCUUUGCCCUUGUGAUACAAAAUCUUAUAUUCCACGUUUUCUAUUACUCCCUCGAGGUGCCUCCCAAGAAGGGUUGAAGGUAAAAGGGAAUAGAACGAGAGAGAAGUCAGAAUAUGUGGCUGCAUACCUUUACUCUGUCUUUGUUUGUGUACCCUUUUGAUUGAUUUUCAUUUCGCCUCUUUCUUGAAGUUGUCGAGACAAUUUAUUUGCUUCGUGAAGAGCAGACACGAUGUGCCUCCUUGAAGAACAUUUACAGCGUUGAAGAAACUUCAGCAUUUCAUGUUUCAUCUUGUUCUUGUUCUUGUUCUGUAACACUUUUUUUUUGUUAUCUGGAACUCACUUUGACAUUUUGGUUGCCAUUUUGUGAUCCUGUUUAAAAGUCUUAUGUCCUGUUGCCGUGACU